GUCAGCCUCGACCUCGCUCUGUUCAAGGGGUAUGGUCAGAAGGCAUUCGCUAUGAAAGCCUUCGGCGGCAAGCGAGAUGGGAAUGCCUUGAAGAUGCUCUUACUUAUUGAAUUCCUCAGCAAGACCAACGGGUAUAGGAAAAGUGGUAAAUUCCCGACGGUCGUGUCGACACCGCAACAACCUGCCGGCGGGAAGCAGAAAGUCAUUACUUACCAGAGGCGUUCGGGCGGUGGUCCAUCGGGAAACCUUCCGAAGAAGAAGGGGUUCGCCAGACCUACUUCGGAUCUUCCUGGAAGCUCGCGUUCUUGUGCCAACUCGCGCUUGCGGGACACCGCUCAACGUGGAACGGACGAGGAGUCGGACGAAGAAACGGAAGAAGACGAACGGGUUCGCCAAUUGCAAUCGCGGUUGUUAGCGACACCUCAGCACAUCCAGGGCGAAGGCUCUUGCGAUGUGAAUGUGGGGUGGGGAGCUGGUAGAGGUGUCGAAGCCCAAGUGAGGGAUGAUGGGGAAUACGACGAGGAUGAAGGGGAGAGUGGUACUGGAGAGCGCCGAGAACAGGUUGGAGGAGGGACAGACCAUAUGGAGUGGGAAAAGGUUGCGGCAGGCGGUGGGGUGGGCGGUGGUGUUGUGCGUGGUUUGGAAAUGGGAGACGAGGAAUUGGAAGACGAAGGAGAAGACGUGGAUGCUUCCACGGGGCUUGCUUCCAAGGGGAGGGGAAAACGCACUGCACAAUCGUCGCCGAAGCCUGCUGCGCCUAAGAAACACUCUCGAAGAAAAGCUGUGGACGAAGCUCGGGUCGCCUUGGAUGCAUCUCAAGGGACGCUUGGUGACGUCGAUGUGAAAUGCAAAUCAAGUGCUCGGAUUCGCAAAACGUCACAACCCAAGAGACCCGUGCGGCCAUCAAGGCRUCAGAWAUCGGACGACUCCAGYGACGAURCUGAAGGCRUGGCCCCUCGCUUGCUCUCCCUCCCUGACRAYGACRAGCAGGAGACGAAGAAACCCAGUGCGGUCAACAUGACGCAGUGCUUCUUCCUCGAGUACGACGACGACGGUAAAAAGAGAAGAGACCCGCCUAGGGUGGUGAUUGACGUCGUGCAGAUUCUUCCAAUUCCGGCGGGAGAUAUAACCUUCAACCAGCGAUCGCUGAACUUGGCCAUCGUUGCAGGCAUCGAUGCGGCAAUCGAGGCAUCAACUCGUCCAAGGUCCACGGAUGAUCCGGCCCCGUGGGAUCCACCGGAGUUGGUGCUGGCUCCGAUUAUGCCAUCGCUUGAGCAUCCGAACAGCCAAGGGACACGAGUCCUUCCGCAUGACUUCGAUCCCGAUAGGGCAGACGAGUAUUUCUAUUACCCGGUUGCCGGUCAACAUACUUCCGAAGCUAUGAAAAGAGUAGUGGCGAGGAAAUCUGAAGUCGUUGAGGUGUUCGACUUUCAGAAUUAUGAUCGUGUAUGGAUCAUUUAUUUCGACGACGACCACACGAAUGGGUACGUGUAUGUUUCGACAUACGACAACACGAGAGGUGACCGUGCUAUGUUGCCGUCGUUCCACCAAGCCUGCCAGGACAUCAGAGGAUUUUGGGACUUGAAGAAACGGGUCGGGCCAGUGGGGAACGUGUCCAAAGGGGAUCCUACCGGUGUGGCGCACCAGGAAGAGUGGAGGAAAUUUUUGAGACUUUGCAUGAGGAAGUCAUGUGAAAAAUCGCUGUGGACGGAGUCUUUGUCUCCGAAGUGGCAAACAGACUAGACAAACAGAAUGAGGGGAUACAUGAAUGUCGCUACAUGCAAGGACAAGAUAUGGCCAUUGGUAAAUGAGUUUUUUUAGAAGUUCGAGGUGGGGGAGUUGCCGCUACACAACAACAAAUGCCCGAAGGACUU